CGGCUCCGCCCUCCUUAAGAUGGCGCUGCACUCAAUGCGGAAGGCGCGUGGGUGCUGGACCUUCAUCCGGGCACUUCACCAAGGACCCGAAGCUGUUCCCGCUCCCCAGAAAGAUGCCACGAAGAGAAUAUUCUCUGGCAUUCAGCCUACAGGAAUUCCCCACCUUGGCAAUUACCUGGGAGCUAUUGAGAGCUGGGUGAGAUUACAGGAUGAGCAUGGCUCUGUGCUGUACAGCAUCGUUGACCUACACUCCAUCACUGUCCCCCAAGACCCAGCCUUCCUCCGGCAGAGCAUCUUGGACAUGACUGCUGCUCUUCUUGCCUGCGGCAUAAACCCAGAGAAGUGCAUCCUUUUCCAACAAUCUCAGGUGUCUGAACACACACAGUUAAGUUGGAUCCUUACCUGCAUGGUCAGACUACCUCGAUUACAACAUUUACACCAGUGGAAGGCAAAGACUGCCACGGAGAAGCACAGCGGAACAGUGGGCCUGCUCACAUACCCAGUGCUCCAGGCAGCCGACAUUCUGCUGUACAAGUCCACACACGUUCCUGUUGGAGAGGACCAAGUCCAGCACAUGGAGCUGGUUCAGGAUCUAGCGCAGGGGUUUAACAAGAAGUUUGGGGAGUUCUUCCCGGUGCCCAAGUCCAUUCUGACAUCGAUGAAGAAGGUGAAAUCCCUGCGUGAUCCUUCUGCCAAAAUGUCGAAAUCAGACCCCGAUAAACUGGCCACUGUCCGAAUAACAGACAGCCCUGAGGAGAUAGUGCAGAAGUUCCGCAAGGCCGUGACGGACUUCAACUCGGAGGUCACCUAUGACCCGGCCCAGCGAGGGGGCGUCUCCAACCUGGUCGCCAUCCACGCGGCAGUGACCGGACUCCCAGUGGAGGAGGUGGUCCGCCGCAGCGCUGGCUUCGACACUGCUCGCUACAAGCUGGUGGUGGCAGAUGCUGUGAUCGAGAAAUUUGCUCCCAUUAAGAGUGAAAUUGAAAAACUGAAGAUGGACAAGGGCUACCUAGACAAGGUUUUACAAGAUGGGUUGGCGAAAGCCAAAGAAUUAGCAUAUCCCGUGUGCCAGGAGGUGAAGAAAUUGGUGGGGUUUCUAUAGGAAGUUUCGACUAAUCACAAAAAGGCUUUUAUAUCUUGCCGUCUACUCACUCCAAUAAAGGCAGCUUUCCUUACCAGGGAACAAUUAAAGUUUGUGGACGCUUUAUUUGGGACACCUGAUUAUUGGCUUCAUUUGAUGAAUAAUGAUUUGUAGCCUUCAAAUAGAGCAGUGUUCUAAAUCACAUCAGCAACAUUCUGUGGCAAAAACAAAUCAAACAAACAAACAAACAAAACCCACCGAAGAAGGCAUAGGUAUCUGAAUCCUCAGUUAUUUGAGACACACUCUUUGGCCUUAAUUUAUUCACACAAAUGUGAUUGAGGUGAGUAGUAUUUGGCAAACAGGGGUAUCAUUGUGUCUGUCUGGAGUACUUAUUGUCACAGGUGCUCACUUACCUAUCCCAACCCUUUAAAAAGUAAUAUAAUAGACAUAGUCCUUGGGCUGCAAUUGGACCAAUUUGUAUUCAGACCUCAUAAAAAUAAGUUGAUGAUUAUCAUUCAUUCGGCACUGAGAUGGUACCUGCUUUAAUGUAUUUAAUCAGCUUAACUUAUUUCCUGAGAAACCACACUGACUAUUCUAGCAAGGAUUAUUUGCUGUUGUUUUAAUUCAGAAAUACAUAAUAUAACCUUCUGAGAAGGUUGCAUUAUUUCAACUCGACUGAUUUACUGUACAAAAGCCCAGAUCCCUGGAUUAUGUUCUUUAUAAGCCUUUCCUUGCAUUUGUCUCUCAGUUUAAUCUCGCCAACCCCCAGUGAAAUAUAUAGGAGAGGGACUGCCAUUUUACACCUGAGGAACGUGAGGCUCAGAGAGGACAAUUAACUUGUACAAUAUCACCCUGCAAGUAAGAAGCAAAUCCAAGAUCAAAACCUUUACUCCGUAUUCCUAUGAAUAGUGCUUUUGUCAUCAACACAGAGCCCUGAGAGGCAGCAUGUUUGAGACUCCAAGCAUUUUUAUUUAUGAAGGUGAGUACUGGAAAGACCUGAACUACAGGUACUGUUUAUAUCAGCAGAUCAUCCCAUAGCUACCAGCUUUAAAUCUGAAUUCAGCCAACCUUGGUCACAUUUGCUUCUCAGGACCCCUAAAGCAGGUCCCAAGUUCUGUCUCCUCUUAUUUCGAGGACACUUCAAAGUAUAUUCUGCCCUACUACAAGACUAGUGAGGUCUGCUGAGUCAGAUUUUCCCAGUGAUUAGAAGCUUUGCACCUCACCUCCACCUCCAUCUAAGUAGCAGCAACUCACUCGAAAACCUAGCUUCCCUGCACUUCUCUUUCCCACACCUGAAAGUGGAAAUGACCAUCCUGAGUCACCCCACCAGGACCAGUUAGAAAGACUGAUUUUGUAACAGAAAUUGCUUAAAGUUUUUUGCCAGUGGCUACCAUGAUCACCAUUUAUACAUAGGAGACAAGUAUACUGGGCAAUGAAUUUUUACUCAUGUUUCUUAAGAGAAAGAAGUAAAGUGAUCCUUUUAUCAGAACAGAUAGAAAUAUACCAAACACUGCAUCCUAGAGUCCAAAUUAAAAGACCCUUUUUGGAUCUUUUCUUGUAAUAGGGUGUCUAGAGUCUUAGAGCCUCUUUGGCAUAUCUCCUCCAAGGCUCUUUUUUUUUUUUUUCCUUCCAAGGAAACCCUAAUAUGAAUACUGGAAAAUGACUAAAUUAAAGGUGGACCUAUCCAACUGUUUAUUUUUUUACCCCCUUACAACACCUUCCAUUCCAAAGAACAAAAGUCACCUUGGAAAAAAAUCUCAGAGGAGAGAAACAAGAUGACAUGUGAUAACUUUUAGGGGGCAAAGUCCUAUAGAGAUGAGGUUGGGCUUGUGAGCAUCCUGUUGUUGCUCUUUGAAAGUGACGGUAGGACUCAAGUCCAUAGUGACUGAGAGAUGCGCCCAAGGGAGCUCAGGAAGUUUAUAAAAGAGCCAAGGCCAGAACCUAGAUUUAUGUUCACAUACCUUCCAAUUACCAUUUACAGGCCUCAGCACAGUCUUUUCAUCGGGAUGAAAAACUGGAGAGAAAUCCAACUUGUGGCUUACCUGAGAAGGUGAUUUUCAUUGUUAUUUUCCAGUUGUUUUGUGGAGAGUUGAAA